AUGGGGGACUCAGGAUCUAGAAGAUCUACCCUGGUUUCCCGGUUGCCAAUAUUCAGAAGGAGUAUUAGCAGAAGAAAUGAUUCUCUUCCUUCUUCACCCUCUUCUAGCAAUACAGUUGGUGUCCACAGUUCCUCUCCUUCCAGCACAAACUCAAGCUCAGGAAGUACAGGUAAACGCAGAAGCAUAUUCCGUGCUCCUUCUAUUAGUUUCCACCAUAAGAAGGGGAGUGAACCUAAGCAAGAACCUGCCAACCAGAACCUUAGUAUUUCAAAUGGUGCUCAACCUGGCCACAGCAACAUGCAGAAACUGAGUUUAGACGACCAUAUUAAAACCAGGGGAAGACAUUCUGUGGGUUUUAAUAGUUCACGAAAUAAGAAGAUAACAAGAUCUUUGACAGAGGAUUUUGAACGAGAAAAGGAGCACUCAGCUAAUAAGAAUGUCUUUAUAAAUUGUCUAAGUUCUGGCAAAAGCGAAGGGGAUGAUUCAGGGUUUACGGAAGAACAGACUCGACGUUCUGUUAAGCAGUCAACCAGGAAGCUGCUCCCCAAGUCUUUUUCAUCGCACUACAAAUUUUCUAAGCCGGUUCCACAGAGCCAAUCCGUUUCUUUGGUACAGCAGUCUGAAUUCUCUUUGGAGAUUACGGAGUUCCAGGAGAGAGAACCUGUGUUAGGAAGAGCGUCUCCGUCUUGUUCUUUGGAUGUCACAGAACAGGCAGGAAGCUCUUUACAGUCUCCUUUGCUUUCUGCUGAUCUCACCACAGCUCAGACACCUUCAGAAUUUUUGGCCUUGACUGAAGAUUCCGUGUCUGAAGCGGACGUAUUUCCUAAAAGUGGAAGCCUGGCAUCCCACUGUGACAACUCUGACCACAAUGAUUCUACCUCUCAGUUCUCUCCCAAUCCCGCUGCUGUUACAAAGCCAGCAGUAGAACUCAUGGGAACAGUUCCCUGUGCAAGUUUGUCUCCUGGGAAAUACAGGUUAGAGGGUCGGUGUGGCAUUGACUCUCAGUCCGUACCUGAAACCUCUGCUGCCAAUCAGAAAGAAGUGUUAUUGCAGGUCACUGAACUGCGCGGUGGGAGUGUGAGCAACUCAGAGACUCGUCUACCCGCAGAUACGCUGAGAGAGGACAAUAUGGUGUUACACAAUGGGGAAGCGAUGCUGGGCACGAGCUCCCCAAGGAAACGGGGCUUCUAUGAGCAACAUAAAGCAAUAGCUGAACGUGUUAAAGGGAUCCAUCCUAUUUCCGAUUCAAAGAUAAUACCCUCCUCCGGCGAUCAUCAUAUUUUUAACAAAACGUCAUAUGGAUAUGAAGCAAAUACUGCCAAAGUUCUUGCCAGCAGCCUCAGUCCCUAUCGUGAAGGGAGAUUCAUAGAGAGGCGGCUGCGGUCAUCUUCGGAAGGAACCGCGGGGAGUAGCCGGAUGAUUGUGAAACCCAAAGAUGGAAAUGCAGAAGAAGUUCAUAGUUUGAGAAAGCAAAGAAAUGGCUCCUCGUCUUCAAAAAUGAACAGCAUGGACGUUUUGAAUAAUUUGGGAUCUUGUGAACUAGAUGAAGAUGAUCUAAUGCUUGAUCUAGAAUUUUUAGAAGAACAGAAUCUUCACCCCUCAGUUUGCCGGGAGGAUUCAUACCAUUCUGUAGUCUCGUGUGCUGCUGUAGUUCUCACUCCUAAGGAACCAACAUUAGAAAUAAGGAAGAGAGAAGAUUCAAAACUUCCAGAGCCUUGCAAACCGAACCUUUCCUUGAAAUUAACAAAAGAUGUUGAUCAGGAAGCCAGGUGUUCCCAUCUCAGCCGAAUGCCCAGCAGUCCAUCUACAGAUUGGCCACUCCAGGGUGUGGAAGAAAAUGGAGGCAUAGAUUCUCUGCCAUUCAGACUGAUGUUACAGGACUGCACAGCAGUCAAGACAUUACUGCUGAAGAUGAAGAGAGUUCUACAAGAGAGUGCAGAUAUGAGCCCAGCAAGCAGCACCACUUCACUUCCUGUUAGUCCUCUUACUGAAGAGCCAGUGCCUUUCAAGGAUGUAAUGAAAGAUGAAUGCUCGAUGCUGAAGUUGCAGCUGAAAGAGAAGGAUGAGCUCAUCUUUCAGCUUCAGGAAGAGCUGGAAAAAGUCCAGCAUUUACAGAAGGCAUUUGCUUCAAGAGUAGAUAAAUCCACACAGACUGAACUUCUAGGCUAUGAUGGUUUAAACUUGAAAAGACUGGAGGCAGUACAAGGAGGGAGAGAGGUUACCUAUCGAAAUCGAGUUGUGAGCCAAAGCCUCAGCACAAGGGACAGAAAAGCAAUGCAUACUCCCACCGAGGACCGUUUUAGAUACUCAGCGGCCGACCAGAGCAGCCCCUACAAAAGCAAAGCCUGUCAGCUCUCAAGUGUUUGUCUCAGUAAUUUCUUGAAGGACAAGGAACUGGCUGAUGUUAUCAAACACUCAAGAGGAUCUUAUGAUACCCUCCCGUCAGAGGUCACACAGAACCUACGGGCCACCGGUGGGCAGAGCCCUCUGAAGCCAACAGCGAAGACGGAAGGGCUCGCCUCGCUCUUAGAGAAACCCAAGGACCCAACUGCUGGGGCCCGCCAGCAUUCAAGCUUUACAGGCAGGUUUGGCCAGCCACCAAGAGGGCCGAUCUCUCUACACAUGUACAGCAGGAACAAUGUGUUUCUCCACCACACUUUACACACCGCUGAGCUGCAGACUCUGGGCCAGCAAGAUGGGUAA